AUGUCGGAAAAGGCCCAGAACCCCAUGCGGGAGCUCCGCAUCCAGAAGCUCGUUCUCAACAUCUCCGUUGGUGAAUCUGGUGACAGAUUGACUCGUGCCGCGAAGGUCUUGGAACAGCUGAGCGGUCAGACUCCUGUCUACAGCAAGGCUCGCUACACCGUCCGAACUUUCGGUAUCCGACGUAACGAAAAGAUCGCUGUCCACGUUACCGUCCGUGGCCCUAAGGCCGAGGAAAUUCUCGAGCGUGGCCUUAAGGUCAAGGAGUACGAGCUCCGCAAGCGUAACUUCAGCGAGACCGGUAACUUUGGCUUCGGUAUCAGCGAGCACAUCGAUCUCGGUAUCAAGUACGACCCGGCCAUCGGUAUCUACGGCAUGGACUUCUACUGCUGCAUGACCCGCCCUGGUGAGCGCGUCACCCGCCGCCGCCGCGCCAAGAGCAGAAUCGGUUCCGGCCACCGCAUCAACCGCGACGAGACUGUAAAAUGGUUCAAGCAGCGCUUCGACGGCAUCGUCCGAUAA